AUGGCUCCCCUAGCCAGCGAACCUCGCCAAAUGCGAGUGGUCCUCAACCUUCCCAAGCGCAAAGCUGUCUACACCCUCGUCGUCGAAAUCACAGAUUGGAUGCGAUCCCAGCUUCUUCUCAAAAAUCCCAACCAGGCCAACUACAACAACACCUCCCGCCAACCCAUUUCCGGCAGCGGCGGCCACUCCCUCCUCGGCGAUCUUGACGACAGCUAUAACCGAAGCCAAAAUGGUCCCCCCUUACCUUCCAGACCCAGCCCCGGCGGCACCAGCAACAACCCACGCUCCCACUCCGGCUACAACACUGGUAGUGGAAGCGACCGCAUCACCCCCCUCCGCACCGCCACCCUCGCCCACUUCGACACCUGGCGCACCGCCCUCCUUUCCUCAUUAAAAGACCUUCUCACCCCCGCCGACACUUCCCAGGAAAUUUCCUCCCGGCAGGAGCGCUCCGCUCGUCUCGCCCGUCUGAAAGUCGACUCCCCCGCUCCCGGCGAGAACCUGAUUGACUUCGGCGACCUGUUAGGUCCCGUCGCCGCCGCUGAGGACGGAAAAGCUGUCGCCCUGCAGAAAAGAAAGAAAGAAGUUGAGGCUUUACAAACCCGUUACCACGCCAUCCCCACCCGUCUGCUAACGAUCACGCAAGAAGACCGCGAGGAAGUCGUGGUUUGUCUUUUGUUAUUGUUGCUAGCGGCUAGUGGGAAGUAUCAAGCCGAAAGCAGGACGUUUUUGGUUUAUCUGUGCUCUGCCCUGGAGCUGCCGCUUUCGUUUUUGAAUGGACAGGAGGCCGAAGUCGCUACUUCCCUUGUUGAGAGCUCCAAGUCUCCUGAAGCUCAGCAAAUGUCAGCUGCUAAAGAAGCCGAAGAGCGGAAGAAGGCUAAUCAGACGGGAAGGAUGUGGAAAGUUGGUCUUGCGAGUGUCGCAGGGGCGGCGAUUAUUGGUGUGACUGGUGGACUGGCGGCGCCGGCUGUGGCGGGUGUUAUUGGCGGCUUGAUGGGCAGUGUUGGACUGGGCGGCGUGGCGAGUUUCUUGGGUGUGUUUUGGAUGAACGGUGCGUUGGUAGGAACGCUGUUCGGUGCGCUGGGCGCGCAGAUGACGGGCGAGAUGGUGGAUCAGUAUGCGCGGGAGGUUGAGGACUUUGCUUUUUUGCCGUUGUCUUCUUCCUCUACGAACCAGGAAAGGCUGAGGUUGACGAUUGGCAUCAACGGGUGGUUGACCGAGUCGCUGUCUUCUUUGACGCACCCCUGGCAAGCGCUGUCGCCGAAAUCGUCCAACUUGUUUGCUCUCAGGUAUGAAGUCGCGGCGAUGCUGAACCUGGGCAAUGCUCUGCGGACAAUGGUCACCAGCGCGGCGUGGACGUACAUCAAGGUAGAACUGCUCAAGCGCACGGUGUUGGCGACGCUGUGGUCUGCUCUUUGGCCGAUUAGCUUGCUGUCCAUGGCCUCGGCGCUUGAUAAUCCCUUUUCGCUGGCGAAGAACCGGUCUGAGAAGGCGGGCAAGAUCCUUGCGGAUGCCCUGAUUAAUCGCGUCCAGGGCGAGCGGCCCGUUACUUUAAUCGGGUAUUCUUUGGGCGCAAGGGUUAUCUACUCUUGCUUGCGCACACUAGCGGAGCGAAGGGCGUUCGGGCUCGUCGACGAGGUCAUUCUGAUCGGUGCGCCCGUGCCAAGCGACAGGGAUGCGUGGGAGAUGAUGAGGAGCGUGGUCAGCGGCAAGCUUUGGAAUGUGUGCUCGGGAAACGAUUACCUAUUGGGAUUUAUUUACCGGACGAGUUCCAUCCAGCUGGGCGUGGCGGGAUUGCAGGAGAUUAAAGGGAUUGAGGGCGUGGAGAAUCUGGAUCUGACGGGGACUGUCAAGGGACAUAUGCGGUAUCCGGAGAUCUUGGGCAAGAUUCUGGAGAAGUGUGGUGUGGAGAUUAAGGAUGGGUUUGGAGGCGAGAUUGAGGUCGAGCAGGACCUUACGAGAGAGGAGGAGAUUGUUUUGGCGGAUAUGGAGGCUCAGGGAAAGAUUCCUGCCUCUGCUCCUGCUACAAAGAAGGGGAACCAUGGAGGCGGGUUGAUUGACUUUGGGGAAGAUGAGCCUCAGCAGCAGCAUCAUGCUCCGCCGCCGAGGUAUGGAGUGAUGGAUCCGCAUGCUUCUUCCUCGAGGCCGGUGAUGAAGCAGCAGCAGCAGCAACAACAGCAACAAGCACCGCCGCAACCACCGAGACCUCAACCUCAACGGAAUACAAUGACCAGCAGCAGCAACCCCCUGGGCAACUCUGGCUCAUCGUCAUCAAAGCCCGCGGAUGAUGACUUCUUCAGCCAACUCCUUUCCGGCCCAUUCUACAAGUCCAAGUCUACCAGUACUGCUUCCACCCGUCCCUCAUCAUCAAACAUCGCUUCCGCCCAGGGUCAGAGGCCCCAACCACCCCUCCGCCCCCCGACAUCCGCAUCCACAUCCUCCGCUUUAUCCGACUUGACCGCACUCUCCAUAUCUCCUCAGAAACCCGCCUCUCCCACCACCAUGGCCACGACGGCCUUCCCCUCGCAACCCUCGCAACCCUCAAAACCAUCCACCUCAACCUCAACCUCAACAUCAACCUCGAAAAAGAACCCCCACCUCCUCGCCACCCUCCUCCUCCCCUCAGACCAACAACAAAAACCCCUUGGCCGCUCAACCACCACAUCCACCGGUUCCGAUUUCUCUGCCGUUCGCGAAGUGCCGGCUAUUCAGCGCGCUAAUACUGCGCCGCCGAAACCGGAGAUUCCCAGGGAUAUUCCACUUGUCGGUACCAGCAGCGGUAUUAGCGGCGGUAUCAACAGCGGUAUCGGCGGUAUGCUGAGGCCUUCACUCCCGCAGCAGUCCAAGUCCGAGCCAGUUGUCCCAGUGGUGGUGGAUGAUAGUGAUGAUGAAGGGUAUGGAAUCAAGAUGGUUGAUAAUGAUAGUGAUGGGGAGUUAGAGUUUGCGGAACCUAUUCCUAUGAAAGAGAAUGAGGAACAUGGGUAUGGUGGUUGGAGAUGA